AUGGGGUGGCUGAUCAGAGAGAAGAGGGGCCCUGCUUGGAAACAUGGGUGGACGCGGCAGACCAUCGACUCCAUGUCACUGCCGCCCAUGCCGGUCGUCACCCUCUUCGGCAUCGUCCUCCUCCUGCUCUGGCUCUCCUUCCACAUCAACUACACCAGGCAGAUGGAGCGCACGGUCGUCAGCCUGAAGCUCCUCCUACUCCUCGUGCCCCUGCUCCUGAUCAUCCUGGCCCGCUGGCUCGACGCCAACCGUGGCCGGCUCGUGAUCCCACUCCCGGACGCCGACCCUGACACCAUGCACCGUGUCAGCCGCACGCCGUGGGGCGUCGCGCUCCUCGUGGGUCUGGUCCUGUUGCUGCUCUCCUUCCAGUCGAAUCUCCGGUCCCAGUGGUCUCCUUGGUGGUCGUCUCGUUACCAUCUGUAG